AUGGCGCUAUUAUUUCUGAAGCAGAAGCUCUUCCCGAGCGAAAAGCAAAAACAGGCCCUUCCAUAUGGCAAACCACUGCUUUCCAAUGAAGAUUCCGAUGCUCUGCCGACCGAGCAAGACCUCGAAGCUCAACGGUCUUACUCUACCUUCCGCGCCUCAUCUCCCGUUUCCGACACCGACAGCACCGCCGCCAGCACGAGCAGUUCGCGAUCUCGAAUCAACCCACGCAUCGUAUCCGAUGCCAUUCUAGGUUUAUCAGAUGGCUUGACGGUACCGUUUGCGCUGAGUGCUGGUCUCUCGGCGCUGGGAAACACUAAAGUCGUUGUGCUUGGUGGUUUGGCCGAAUUGACCGCGGGUGCCAUUUCCAUGGGCCUGGGAGGAUAUGUCGGUGCGAAGAGCGAAGCUGAAUCUUACGAAACCACCGUUCGUGAAGCAAAAGAACUCAUCGACACAUCACCAGCCGAAACAAGCUCCAUCGUCCAGUCCAUCUUCGCUUCCUACCGUCUCCCCGAAGAUGUCAUCAACCAGAUUAACAUGUCCCUCCACUCCUCUGAAGACCGCCUCCUCGACUUCCUGGUCAGCUUUCACCACAAGGAAUCCGAGCCUGACUGCAACCAGGCCUGGAUCUCUGCCAUCACACUCGCGCUCGGCUACUUCGUGGGAGGUUUCAUCCCACUCAUCCCAUACUUCAUCGUCGACCAAGUAAUCGUGGCCUUGUACAUGAGCAUCGGAGUCAUGGCAAUCACGCUGCUGGCCUUCGGAUACAUCAAGACAUGUGUGGUGCGCGGCUGGUCCGGGCGCGACAACGUUGUCGCAGGCAUCAAGGGAGGAAUACAAAUGUGUUUCGUGGGCGGAGUAGCAGCCGGAGCAGCGAUUGCCUUGGUCCGGUUGAUCGACACCGGCGGAGCGUAA